AAGACACCAUAUUGAUUGUCGAGAAUCACGACCACUCUCACCACAAGCGGCGCCACCGGGGACACUGCUUCAAUCAGACGAGCUGUAACAAUCAAACUAGCAACACCACCACCACCACCACCAAUAACAUACAGGAGGAGCGAGCAAAGAAAAGUCAAGACAGGCGAAACUACUACCUCGACUUAGCCGGGAUUGAGCACAAUGCCCACACCCAGUCCACGCAAAACAUUAACAACAGCACGGGACAAUCAGCUAGGAUCGAAGACAGUGUAAUUUCCCCGCGAUCUAAAAGUCAGGAUACCAAGAAAUGUGAUAACAUCCAGCGAGAAACACAGAGAAUCAAACAACAGCAUUUAGACAGUGCUAAGACAGAACAUUCGAGGUCAAGGUCAUUUGAUCCCCAGGAAACAGAGACAAGGUCACCCAAAGGGCAUCACAAAGGGUCACCGCACAAACACGGACGAUUUCGGCAAGUGAGCUUGCCCAUGCAUGUUCCCGAUUCAAUGUCCCACUAUCACAGGCGACAUCGCCAUAGAGACAAGGAUCAUGACCUGGCCAUGCAGCAAGUGGCGGAAUGGAUUGAACGAGAACACGCGUGUGAUGUGGAUGGGGACAAAAUAGUGGUUCAGAAGCAUGAACAACAUUACAUUUACGAACAUCACUAUCAUCAUCACUAUCAUCAUUACUAUGAAGCAUGA